UCCUAAAAUACUUUGCACAGAUAGAAUCAGGACACUUCGGGCUUUCAAACAGCGUAUGACUUGUCAUUUGGGUAAAAACUACAAUCACUUCAGUUGACAAGCUCGAUUCCUGCAGAGUGAGGUGUCUCGCUGCAGACGUGGGGACAAACAGAAGAAGGUGCCUCUUCUAAUCUCGGUCUUACUUCCUUAACGCCGUGAACCAGACCAGAGCGUUGUCUGGUGGGAAAGUGGCACCGGUCUUAACCAUUUAUAUGGAAAUGAAUCGGAGCACAUCGAAGAAUAUCCCUCCUGCUUCUCCGUUGCACACGAAACCUUCCCGUGUUCAGCAGGGACGAACCUCUGCAAAAUCACUUCACUGGUCUGAAAACAGAAAUGUUGAUUAUUGCUCGUCGUCUUGGCCACAACUGGAAUGAGUUGGACCUGGGGGAGGACAGAAACUCAGAGCUGGUGGUUUACGUGGUCCUCCCGGUGGUCUCCGUCCUCCUGCUGGCUCUCCUGGUCGGUCUGGUCUACCGCCGGUGUUCCCGCAGUAAGCUGAGCCUGGCCAACAUCAUCGCUCUGGACCUGCAGGACACGGAGAGCAGCGCCGAGUUCCUCUCCUCCCUGACCAGGAACGCCGAGCGCCACACCAGCACCAGCUCCGACGGAUCGGACGGCGUCUUUGUCAUGGUCUACCUGCCUCCACCCUACGAAGAAACCCUCACCAAGAUCACCCGGGCCGCCAGCCUCUCCAGCUCCAAAGACGUGGAGUCAAUAAAGAUAGAAGAUCUGGAGGCCAAGCUGUGUCCAGAGCUCAAGUCCAGCGGCCGAUACGUGUGAUAUCGUUUUUAUGCCGCAGUGUCAAAAGACCUUAUAACUCCAAUAUUUGGUGUUUUUGAAAUAACUUUUGUUGUCUGUAAAUUAUAAUCAUUUAAUUAUCACUCAACUCUACAGCUCUGUAGAGCUUUUGAGCCUCUGUUAGCACAUAGUUUUGGUUUUUACGGCAUGGCUCAAUCUCAUCACCAGCCUUUUCACCAAACUGGCUCCGGUAAACCCUCUGUCCUCUGCCUGCUCAGCACCGCACAGCAGACAGAAUCCGUCUGGGACCCGCUGGUGAACGUAGCCAAACCGGGAGCUAGAGGAGGGGGAAUGAUGGACUUACAUUUGGGGGGGGACAAACCCGACUCGCAGUGGGCCGGGCAUGUUGCUGUGCGUCUGUUGAAUGUGUAAACAGGCUUUUGUGUCUGCGUGUUGUCAGCUUGUUUUAGAGUUCUUCUGCCCUCUAGUGUCCAAGAAUUAAU